GUGUAAAGUUAGAAACGAUAGGAUUAGAAAAGAUAAAAGAUAAGGAUUUUAACAAACAUAUAUUUUUAUAAGAAAAAAACAAUGUUAUUCAUUUUAACAAUGAUCACAAAAUGACUCUAAUAACCCCUAGAUUUAAACACAUAGCAUUAUUUCUAGGUAUAUGUCUAAUAGUAUUACUAAUUUUAUUAAACUGGUUACACCAAGUGGAAGUACAUAAUUUAGAUAAUGAUAAAGCAAUUCGAAGCUUUCCUGAAGAUGUGAAACACGCUACACACUUGUUAGAUGAUGCAUUUCAAAAGAUUGAAGCAUUGGAAGAAAAAAUUAUAUCGUUAGAAGAAAGGGUGCCCAAAACUUAUCCAGAAGUAAAUUUCCUAAAUUAUCUUCAAAGAAAAAGAAUAUUGAUUACUGGCGGUGCCGGUUUCGUGGGAUCUCAUUUAGUGGAUAAAUUAAUGCUUCAAGGCCAUGAAGUUAUUGUUGUUGACAACUUUUACACUGGCAGAAAGCUCAACGUGGAACAAUGGCUGGGACAUGAAAAUUUUGAACUCAUCCACCAUGAUAUCGUUAAUCCCUUAUACAUUGAAGUAGAUGAAAUUUAUCAUUUAGCUAGCCCUGCGAGUCCCCCACACUACAUGCAUAACCCCGUUAAAACCAUUAAAACAAAUACUUUGGGUACUAUUAAUGUAUUAGGUCUCGCAAGAAGACUUAAUGCUAAGGUACUAAUAGCUAGUACUUCGGAAGUUUAUGGAGAUCCAGAUAUUCACCCUCAACCUGAGACUUAUUGGGGUCAUGUUAAUCCUAUAGGUCCAAGGGCGUGCUAUGAUGAAGGUAAAAGAGUUUCCGAGUCUUUAACUUAUGCAUACGCUAAACAAGAAAACAUGCAAGUAAGAGUAGCUAGAAUUUUCAAUACCUAUGGACCCAGGAUGCACAUGAACGAUGGAAGAGUUGUCUCCAAUUUUAUUUUGCAGGCGUUACAAGAAGAUGUAAUAAGUGUUUAUGGCUCAGGGGAUCAGACGAGGUCGUUUCAGUACAUUUCUGACUUGGUAGAGGGUUUGGUCACUCUAAUGAAUUGUAAUUACUCUCAACCCGUCAAUUUGGGCAAUCCCAUAGAGCAUACAAUAAACGAAUUUGCAACAAUUAUAAAAACAUUGGUUGGAGGUAACAGCAAAAUAAUUCACGUUAGUGAAGUGGAGGACGAUCCGCAGAGAAGAAAACCCGAUAUCUCGCGGGCUAAGAAGUAUUUAAAUUGGGAACCAAAGGUUGACCUUAAUGAGGGUCUCAAAAAGACUGUUGAAUAUUUUAGGCAGGAAUUAAAGAAAUUGAAAUACACUUCUAGGCGCAAUCUUCAUCCCUAACAGAAAUUAAAUGUAAGGUACAUUUAUGUUUGUGGUCUUUCGAAGGUUCUAAAGUAUUCGGCCUUUUCUUAAAGGCCACAAUGGUAAAUUUACUAUUAGAAUUACAGUAUAUGUGUGAUGUUUUUAUUACUGUUUUGUAAAUUAUUUUGUUGAAUAUAUGUGUAAUUUUUCCAUAAGGUUAUGUAUAAUUGGAAAUGUAGAUAGACUAUACUGCAUACAACAAAAUAUAAUAGAAAAAAAAAUCACUACAUAUAUGUUGAAUAGUAUAAAAGGAGAUAAUUAUUAUCAUUUGAUUAUUUAAAGUACUUGAACUAUUUUUUAUCAAAAUGUAAAGGAAAUGGGUACAUAUUUGAACUGGAAACAAAGACAAAGGUAAUCAAGGGAAGAAUUAAAUAUUUUUAUUAAAAUUACUUUUCCUAAAUAAAAUUUACAUUAUUUCACUUUGUUAUAUAAGAACCAAUAUAUGCCAUACAUAAAACUAGGAGGACUUUUAAUGUAAUUCUGGCAUACAUACUUUUUUACUUCCUCCACACUCAUUUCAACUACAUCAAUUAUCUCGUCCUCUACUCCACCUCCUGCAGAGACUUUCAUAUCGUCAGUAACUUCACAAUAAUAAGCUGUUUGAAGGCUAGCGGAUGUUCCAACGCCUGAGCGGUAGGAAUUAAUUUUUUCAAAUUUGGAUAUAGGUACAUCGUAGCCGCAUUCUUCUAGGACUUCUUCCUUUGCGAUUUCAGUAAUUGAUUUAUCUUUGUCUACUAUUCCAGCACAUAAUUCAAUAGUAACGCCGAUUUUCGCUGGAUAUUUUGUAGUGUCAACUUCCUCACCCAUUUUCCUAUCAUGUUCUGGAAUGGCUCCAAAAUAUACAGCAGGCCGAAACUGUUUAACGAGUACUAACACUUUCCUUGUUACGUUGUAAAUAAUUAUGGCUACACUGUCAUGCACUGUUAGUAAAUCCCAGGUUCUUUUUGUACCGUUUUGUACAAAAUGCAUCGUGUGAGGUUUUAAAUAAAUAGACUUUUCUAAGGGUUUAACCACCACGUUACAUAUGUUUUCCAUUAUUAAUGAUUGACUACCGAAUUUUCUGAUGUGGGCUAAAACUUUAUACGAAUAUAAGUAUAGCACUGGAUUAAAGCAUUUCAAUUUAAAACUAAAAUAAAUAGAGUAAAAAUCUGCUUAUCAAAUGUAAACGUAUUAAUCUUUGCAAUUUUAUUUUCUGUAUUUUUUUAAUUUGAAGUUUUAAUACCUGUCAAUGUCA